GUUAAUAAUCGUGUUUAAAUACAGUGUUUAAACAUUUUCUCAACAGUGUUUAAAUACAGUGUUUAAAAAUCGUGUUUAAAUACAUUGUGUAAAUACAGUUAUUAACAUUUUCUAUCUAGCAUAUUAAUAAUUACGAUGUUUAAAUAGGUUUUAAUUACAGUGUUUUCUAUCAAUCCAGGCGGUCAUACAAAAUAUUGAUAAUAGGUUUUAAAAUAUUAAUAAAUUGGGAGAAAAAGUUAAUAAUCGUGUUCUAAUAACUUGAUAAUCUAUGGUCGUUCUCAUCUUGUUUUAGUUUCGAUUACUAAUGAUAAGAUACAAUGUUAAUAAAAUAGUCAAUAAAAAUGAUAGAAUCGGCGAUGAAACGAGAUCACAGACAUGCACGAUGACAGCGAUGGAAUCGGCGAUGGUGGACUAGCACGACGACGGGAACGAGACUUAGGCAGCGACGACGACUGCUGUUGUGCUUUGUCGGAAAUCUCAGUAGGAGGGAGAACUCGGGACAGAGAACAGCGGGACCGACGGCAACAACGGCUGCUUUACUUUGCGUUGGUGGACUUGAAUCGUCGGCCAGAGAAGGGACGACCGGACGACGGAGAACUUGGGACAGAGAACUCGGGACCACCAGAUGGACUCGCGACGGAGAAGGGACGACCGGACGACGGAGAACUUGGGACAGAGAACUCGGGACCACCAGAUGGACUCGAGACGGAGAAGGGACGACCGGACGACGGACGGAGAACUUGGGACGACGGCCGGAGUACUCGGGACAACGGACAUUUUGUCUGCUUGCGGGAGGAAACAGACGAAAAGUAAGAGAGACGUGGGUUAGGGUUUUUGAAAAGAAAGAGACGCAUGUUUU